AUGUCAUCAGACGAAGCAUCUUUGCGAGCUUUAGAAGCUCUGAUGACAGAGUUCUUUGCUGGCACCACCACAAAUGGAAGGAAAAGAGAAAUUGAGGAACUCCUGAACAAUUUCAGCCAGACUCAAGACUCUUGGAAACAUUGUUUAUUUUUUAUGGCCAAUACCCAAAAUGAAUAUGUCAUGAUGUUCUGUCUUACUGUACUUGAGAAUGUGAUCAAUAAACAAUGGAUGGGCUAUAGUGGUACGGAUAAGAUGGACAUUCGAUCGACCCUCAAUCAAUACUUGUACGCUCACCAUAACAAAGUACCCUCAUUUAUCCGCAACAAAUUGGUCAAACUGGUUGUUGAUAUUGGACGUUCAGAUUGGCCACAUUUCUAUCCUGAUUUCUUUUCUAGUAUAUUACAGCUUGUACAGGAAUCUGAAACGACAGCUUUAGGUGUGAUACUGCUGCAAACAACCUCAGAGGAACUAACUGCUCCCCGGGAGGACCUUAGUAUGGUACGCAAAGAAGAACUACACCGGCUUCUCCUUACCCAGGUUCCAACUGUGUUAAAUCUUUUGAAUAAUAUUUUAGAAUCAGUCUUGGAGAAGCACUGGCACUUGGUAGCUGCUACGCCCCCACCCUCACCUACUCAGGGUGACUCUGGUACACGUCAGCGGGCUUCUUCCCUUAUGCUCUUUUCCUCUUCUCCAUUGCAAUCAGACAGUCUGUUGAGCAACAUGUUCAAGUGUCCUUCUGGUAGCAACCGUGGAGUACAACUAGAGGCCCUUCCCCCAUUGGACAACGACUCGGCCCAGCUGUGUGAGCUGGCCCUCAGCUGCCUGGCCCACUACUUCAGUUGGGUCCCACUCUCUAACACUAUUACUCCCAACCUGCUUAGUACAAUCUUCCAUUUUGCCGCCUUUGGCUGUGAGGUGCGUAGCGGAUAUCGGUGCAGUGGUGGUGGCAGCGGGGGCACUGGGGGAGGAGGGGCAGGCACUGGCAACCUGAGCAGCGGUGUUGGGGGUGGGCACCAUGGGGGCAGCAACACCCAGUCCCUUGGUGUUUUGGCAAUGAACUGUAUUAAUGAAUUGCUUUCCAAGAAUUGUGUUCCCCAAGAAUUUGAAGACUUUUUGCUGCAAAUGUUUCAGCAAACAUUCUUCUUACUUCAGCGCUUGACCAAAGAGAGCACGGUAAAUACAGGUGGGAACAAACUCACUGACCUUGAUGAAUGUUAUGUGGAAAAGUUCACUGACUUUCUUCGAUUGUUUGUGAGUAUCCACUUGAGAAGGUUUGAGUCGAAUGUUAAAUUUCCAGUCUUAGAGUUCCUCGCCCUUUUGUUCAAGUAUACAUUUAGGCAGCCGAUGAAUGAAGGGUUCUUCAACUGCCUGGACAUCUGGACAGUAUUUUUAGACUAUCUUCACACUUGCAUUGAAUCCAGGUCAUCAGAUCACACAGAAAUUAUCAAUAGAUACAAACCAGCACUGCUGUCUCUUGUUACGCACAUUCUUCAGAAGUUACAGUUCCGCUUUAAUCAGUCACAAUUAGAAGAAUUAGAUGACGAAGCUCUUGAUGAUGAUGCUGAGACAGAAUGGCAACAUUUCCUACGACAGUGCCUUGAGGUGAUUGCGAAAGUGUCUGAAAUUCUCACAGGAGAAACUUUCCAUUUACUGUAUGAGCCAUUCCAGGAAUAUAUGGAUGUAUAUAUGGGAUUGGAACAGUAUGUAGUUUCGAAUGGCUCGCAGGGUCGCAAACUGACCAUUGAUGCAGAGAAUGAGUGUCGCCGACUUCACUGUAUACUGCGUGAUUUGUCCUCCUUACAGCAGGCUCUAGGGAGGAUGGCUGAUCAUUUUAGCGGAGAGACUUUUGUUGAGAAAUUCUCUGAUGCUAAUAGUUUAGUGCAGAGGUUGGUCCAUUCUCUUGCUUACAGUGCCUCAGCCAAAUUGUAUGAAGUUAGUUCCAUUGCACAGACUGUUCUUCAACCAGAUUUCAUAGAAGUGCAUGCUCAAGCCCUGGCAACCCUCAAGGCAUACGCUCACUGGCUGGCCCAGUAUUACACAGAAGCACAGAAGAUUAACCAACAAGCCAAAUUUGCAAGUUUAUUUUCUACCCUCAUUGAAGCUGUUGUCCCACUUUUCAGAAAACAGAUUCCUGAAAAAAUAGUCCAAUCUGCAGCUCAUCUGUUGUUGUCUUUGAUGUUGACUGUGAGGCCGUCCUACCUGCUGCAAAUGCCGUGCAUCCAGGGUCUGUACACCCAGGUCAGCCAGGGUCAGUGUAAAGAGCUGCCACUUGAGAUCCAGUUACUAGUCUAUCGAGCCUUAUCGCAUUAUCUCUUACUACCUUGGCCGAACCUUAGUGAAACUGAACAAGAUUGGACCAACAGGGCCACAUAUCAUCGGGACUUCAGUUGUCAGCUGACCAUGGAGUAUUGUCAAUUGAAGGACACACAAGCCCUUAUAGAGAAUAAAACCUUACAGCAACAAGCAAAGUAUGUGAUAGAAAAUGCCUUGAAGAUUUCUCAGGAUUGGAUUGAAGCAAUUGCUUCAGAAUCCAACAAAAGCAAGCAGAUUUGUUAUCAAUCUCUUCAAGAAGUCGUGCAGGUGACCCUGGCCAUUUUCCCAGUGUAUAUCCACGAACCAGAUACUGCUGACCAAAUCCUCAGUUUCUUUUUGGCUGUGUUCAAAGGUCUCCGCAUCCAGAUGGGAGUUGCAUUUACAGAACGGACUAUCCAGACUUUUAUGAGUCUUUUCACCAGGGAACAACUCACUGAGACAAUCCUCCAUGAAAGUUCUGCUGGAUGCCGGGUUGUAGAAAAGUUUCUGCGAAUACUCGAACUAAUUGUGCAAGAACCCGGCUCAGCUUUCAAAGCCUUCCUUCCAAGUAUUAUUUCCAUUUGUAUGGACCAGAUUUAUCCAAUCAUAGCCCAGAGACCAUCUCCUGACAUCAAAGGCAUGCUGUACAAAUUGUUGUUUGAAUUUUUCUUGAACAACUGGCGCUAUUACUUCAAGGGCUCUCUCCUAGCUGCCGUUAACAAUCAGAACAAUGAGCAAAUGGAAAAUGCUGCUCAAUUUGUAGCCAUCAUGCAGGCAUUUGGAGAAUCCUUCCUUCAGCCUGACAUUGCAUUAUUCCGUCAGAAUCUGGAAUCUCUGGAGAUGCUGAAUACAAAAUGGAAACUUUAUCACAAGAAAGUUUUCCGUGAAAUGAUGCUUUUCCAGUUUUUGAAUGUGCUCAUUCAAGUCCUACUGCAGAAAUCGCAUGACUUGCUGCAAGAAGAAAUCGCUAUCAGCAUUUACAACAUGGCUUCUGUUGACUUUGACAAUUUCUAUUCAAAUUUCUUGCCUCAUUUUCUCAGCAGUUGUGAAGGUCUUGCAGCCAAUCAAAGAUCUGUUCUUGGACAGAAUUUCAAAUUAGAUAAGGACAUGCCAUCAUUCACACAGAGUGUCCAUCGAUUUGUCAAUGAUCUUCGCUACUAUCGUCUCAUCAACAGCAGCUUACCAUCGGCAAUAAAAUAUCUUUUUCUUUUUUCUCCUUUUUCUCUCUUUUUCUUUUUUCUCCUUUUUCUCUCUUUUUCUUUUUUCUCCUUUUUCUCUCUUUUUCUUUUUUCUCCUUUUUCUCUCUUUUUCUUUUUUCUCCUUUUUCUCUCUUUUUCUUUUUUUUCCUUUCCCUUUUUUUCCCCCUCUUUUUCUUUUUUUUUUCCUUUCCCUUUUUUUCUUUAA